AUGUCACAUACUUACGAUCCCAUAAAUGCAUCUCCCCAAAUCGAAAUGACCAGUUCCAUACCCACCAGCACACUACGGCCCUCUCCAUCCACUCAAACCUCUAGUGAUAAUCUUUCCCACUCCAACAGCGCCACGACCUUACUUCCUCACGAGCAGAAUUAUUCACAAAUCGAAAGUCAUUUUCAAAACCCCGAACUUACCACUGUUCCUUAUAAGUCUAAGACCGGAAAACAGUUUCGGCAUAUCUUGUCAAAAAGUUUGGCACAAUGGUUCAUUACGCUGGUUCUGUGCAUUGCGUAUUUCUUGACGUUGAUAUUCUGGAAAAAGAUGGGUACGGUGACGGAACGUUACAAGAGGAUUUUCAACGCGAUUACCACAGGCAUUAGUAUUGCUCUGGGUAUCAAUAUCGCUAGUUCGUUGAAAAGUAUGGCGUUGGAUGCGCGUUGGGCAAUUUUACAUGCUAGCAAGAGAAAUCUUUACGAACUUGACCUUACUUUACAUGCGGAUAGUUUGAUGGAUGUUGGAAAAUUGGCGUUUGUUUCGAAGAGACCGAUAGUUUUUGGUGUGGCUAUUUUGUGGUUGGUAUUCAAUAUCUUUGUACAAGCAGCUAUUGCAGCUAUUGGUCUAACAUAUGGUUUCGAUACCAGCACAGAAAGUUAUCUAUUUACACCCGGCAAUGUCACAGUUCCAGAUAUGAAGCAUUUCUCCAAUAGCAUCAAACCCCAAAUCCAAGAUGAACAAAUCACAGCUCACGCCUACGGGGGUUUGGCUUGGAAUUUCGGAAUCGGGACCUCGAUUGAAGACCUUCCAAUCCAUAAAGAUAUUUACCAAGGACUAACCAGCAACCACAGAAUAUGGCAGGACCAACCUAACAACAAAAUGGUUCUUGUAUUCACCGAGUCCUCCUCUUCCGCACCCACCCAAAAGACCGGUUCCUUAAGCGUCUACACCAACAGAACCCUCGAAAUGCAUUACUCCUAUAGAACCUGGGCGCGCGACGCCACCAACUUCUACACCGACGCCAAAAAUAUCUGUCCCGGCAACCGCCGCUGUGCCAUCAUCCAAGCCCUUGAAAUCAGCGACAAUGACACACAAUGGUACUAUACCUGCAACAUCACACUCUCCGAAACCCUCAACGACCCGGGAAAUAAUUCCUACAUCAGCGACAAAAUGUCCCGGAUCUCCGCCAGCGCCAUCGCAAACAAUGGAUACCUUAACGAAACCUUAUCCUACUCGCAGAAAACCGUCUGGGGCCGCCGCAUGGAGGGCAACGCAUCUGGCAUCGGUAUACAAAUCUGCGCCUUCGGACUGACCUCCCUCUCCGUGGCCGCAGCCUUCGGGCCCUCGAAAUCCUAUUUCGGAGACGAGCCGCACACGGGCUUCGCCCUCGGAGUAAACCAUGCGUAUACUUUCCUACUCAUUGUGUUAUUGAUCCCGCUCGUGCAGUUUGUGGUGUGUAUUGUGGUGGCCGUGUGGAGUAAUUCCGUGCAGGUGGGCGAUAAUGCGUAUAUAGGGAUGAGUUUGCUGUUGAAACCGAUUGCGGAUGCGCUUUUUGCGGUGAGUCGGGGAGUGGAUAAUAGGGCGUUUAGGGAGGCGAAGAGGAUGAAUUUGGUGAGGUAUGAGAGGGGAGUGGAUGGGAGGUGGGGGUUUGCUAUGAGCUGA